CGAUGGUGUACUCUCUUUGGCGUGCGAUCGACAGUUCUCUCAUUUACUGUUAAUGUUGUUGUACGUACACAUGUUUGCGGACGGCGAAAGAAAUUCAAAAUUUACGAGUUUUAACUUUUAGACUUAGUUUGUGCGGAAGCAGUGUGCAUUAGCGCAAUAAAUGCCAUUUAAAUUCGUUUUUUAAAAGAAAAUUACCAGCAGCGUGCAAAAUCAAAAAGAAAUAUUUUUAUUGUGGCGACAAAACGAUCGCAAAAGAAGACGCGCAAGCAAAUAAACAAAUUUGCGGCCGUCAUCUCGUCGCGUGUGUAAGUGUAUGUAUGUAUGAUUGUAUUCGUUGCGUGUGAUUCAAUUGUUUAAGCAAACAGCAACAGUCGCUGGGCAAUUUUUUAAAACCAUUUAAUUGCAUUAACAACAACAGUAACCAGCCAACAUCGAAGUGAGCAGCGGCCCAAAAAAAAUUAAAGAAAGGAAAAAAUGCCGCCAAAUGACGCGACGUUAUAAAAUAGCCAUUCAACAUGAUCCAUUGUAAAAUUUUCUACGUUUCGUUAUAUUGGACGUGCUAAAAAGUUAAUGUGAUAAAGACAAAAAUCUAAAAAGAAUUACAAAAUAUCUGGCCUCUAAUUUAAAGGCAUCGAAAUAGACAACGAGAACAUCAACAUUUGAACCGCCGUUUUGUAAGUUUGCAGUACGACGAGAAGGAAAACUCGUAGAAAGAGAAGCAACUAAUUGGGAAUAAGAGCGAAAAGGCAGCUAAUUUAUUUUCCCAGUUGCGCAUUUUUAUAGUGCAAUUAUCACGCCCGUUGAGUGGGUCACUGGCAAGGUCCGCCAAGCUCUCUAACCAGGGUGUACCCGGGUAGCGACCAUGAUGUCCUGCCCCUUACCUAUGCCAUUACCGAUACCAAUACCUUCAAUACAUAAAACUGAAUUCACACCGGUUCACAUUGGAGUCAAGCGCGGAAGCGACGAACUUUUGAGUCAAGCUGCAGUCAUGGCGCCCGCUUCCGACAAUAAUAAUCAGGAUCUGGCCACAAAGAAGGCCAAACUGGAUUCGAGCACCGUGCUGGCUGGCGGAAUUGCCAAAGCCUCGAAAGUCAUUCAUUUGCGCAACAUUCCAAACGAAUCUGGUGAAUCGGACGUAGUUGCACUGGGCAUACCAUUCGGACGCGUGACAAAUGUCCUGGUGCUGAAGGGCAAGAAUCAAGCAUUUAUUGAAAUGGCCGACGAAAUAUCCGCCACAUCGAUGGUGUCUUGUUACACAGUGAAUCCACCACAGAUGCGUGGACGCAUGGUCUACGUGCAGUUCUCCAAUCAUCGCGAGCUCAAGACAGAUCAGAGUCACAAUCAGAACUCGUCGGUGGUGCAGAGCGACUACCGCAUCCAAUCGCCAGCCGGUGGAUCGCCGUUGCCCCUAUGUGCCGCUGCCAAUGCGACCAGCAACAAUGCCAACAACUCGGGCGAAAAUAACUGCAGUACUGUGGCCAUCUUGCAGAACAACACGAGUGCUGUGAAUGCUUCGGCGGGCAGCAACAAUACCAAUGCAGCCGGCGGACCCAAUACGGUGCUGCGCGUUAUUGUCGAAACUCUGAUGUACCCUGUGUCGUUGGACAUAUUGCAUCAGAUAUUCCAACGCUUUGGCAAGGUGCUGAAGAUUGUUACCUUUACCAAAAACAAUUCAUUCCAGGCUCUCAUCCAGUAUCCGGAUGCCCACUCCGCACAGCAGGCCAAGUCCAUAUUAGAUGGCCAGAACAUAUACAAUGGCUGCUGCACCUUGCGCAUUGAUAACAGCAAAUUGACGGCCUUGAAUGUCAAGUACAACAAUGAUAAGUCACGCGACUUCACGAAUCCGGCGCUGCCACCGGGCGAGCCGGGCGUCGAUCUCAUGCCCACCGCCGGCGGCCUAAUGAAUACCAAUGAUCUGCUUUUGAUUGCCGCCCGUCAGCGGCCCUCACUAACAGGUGAUAAAAUAGUCAACGGCCUAGGUGCACCUGGCGUGCUGCCGCCUUUCGCUUUGGGCCUCGGCACUCCACUCACCGGCGGCUACAGCAACGCCCUGCCCAAUUUGGCAGCCUUCUCGCUGGCCAACAGCGGCGCCCUACAAACCGCCGCUCCAGCUAUGCGGGGCUACUCGAAUGUGCUGCUCGUAUCGAAUUUAAAUGAGGAGAUGGUCACGCCUGAUGCUCUAUUUACCCUCUUUGGUGUAUACGGCGAUGUGCAACGUGUAAAGAUUUUGUACAACAAAAAGGACUCGGCACUCAUACAAAUGGCAGAGCCGCAGCAAGCUUAUUUGGCCAUGUCUCACCUUGAUAAAUUACGUUUAUGGGGCAAGCCAAUACGUGUCAUGGCCAGCAAACAUCAGGCCGUGCAGCUGCCCAAGGAGGGACAGCCGGACGCGGGCCUCACACGUGACUAUUCACAGAAUCCAUUGCACCGUUUCAAGAAGCCCGGCAGCAAGAACUAUCAGAACAUCUACCCGCCAUCGGCGACACUGCAUUUAAGUAACAUUCCCUCAUCCUGCACCGAGGAUGACAUCAAAGAAGCCUUCACCUCCAACACUUUUGAAGUGAAAGCAUUCAAAUUUUUCCCCAAGGACCGUAAGAUGGCUCUGCUGCAACUGUCGUCGGUUGAGGAGGCCGUGCUGGCACUAAUCAAAAUGCAUAAUCAUCAGCUGUCCGAGUCAAACCAUUUGCGCGUGAGCUUCUCCAAGUCGAACAUCUAGAAUCCGACCCGUGGUCAGGUUCACUGAACUUGACUAGGUGCCAACAGCAGCUUCGCACUACGGCAGCAGUUCUUUUGGCAGCAACAG